AUGGGUGAUGAAGGACCGCCAGAAAGUAUUAUAAUGCGUUCAGAUCCUCGAAAUACUUCUCUUGGGUCUCGUUUAUCGUUUGCAGUACGUCGAUCACUGCGUCUAGGCCCUAAGAAGUCAACCACGUAUGGUCUAGAGUCGAAAGAUGAUUAUGACCUUGAGAAACUAGAACCUGCUGAACAUGAUUUGCUCCAAAUGCGUAUUGGGAAUUGUUUCACUGAAUAUGCAAGUCUGACAAUAGAACCCUGCGAAAAACGUUAUGGAGGUCUUUCAGAACUCAAACGACUACUUCAACUUGCUAGGAAAAAGCCGAUAAAAAAUUUUCUAAGACAUAAUGAUUGGCCUGCUGCGCAUGAGAUUCGUCGUGAACUAUGGAAAGAAGUGUGUCGUGACAGAAAUUAUAGUGCUAACUGUGAACUUUACAAGAGAGAGAUUGAAGAACUUACUCAUAAAGGAAAAAGUUUGGGCGUUGUGAAGGCCCAUUUCCUUUCAGCUGCUGGCAGUGUAACGCAUGAUUAUGAUCUUUCUGACAAAGGUACAAUAGCUCUGCAAAGAUUACUUUUAGUUAUAGAAUGUGUUCGGCCUGAUGUAACAUUUGUUCCUAUACUAUAUCCUUUGUGUGCUCUUUUCUUGCAUUACUUGAAAGAGGAAGAUGCGUUUGCAUGCGCUAUGCAUUUGCUGCGGGGGUCUGAUUUUCUACAGCAGUCAACUAUUUCUGUUCUUGCUUCAGGAAGAACACUUAUUGCUCUUAUCAAAAAACAUAAGAGUUCAGUAUAUCAGACUUUAAAAAAACGUGCAGGCGUUACGGAUGAUAAAGAAUUGGUCAAAAUUUUCCUGAAGUGGCGAAAUUGGAUUUUUCAGUAUUUACCAUUCAAAUAUGCCGUUCGUGUGGUCGACUGUUUUUUGUAUGAAGGACAUAAAUUACUGUUGCGCGUUGGGGUUGCUCUUGUGUAUAUAUGGUCUAAGCAUAAAGGAAGACAAGGUUCUCUUUUCGCCAACAAAUCGGUCGAAGAGCGCCUUUCGUUACUUUCUGCCCAGCUGGUGGAAACUGCACAGUGGUGCCCCAUUUCUGUUCAAACUCUUUUGGACGUUGCAGUGGGCAUAAGAAAUUUAAAGGGGUCUACAGUUGCAAAGUACCAAAAGGCAUUUGAGGAUAUCGUUCGUGAGGAAGAAUCUGCGAAAGCAGAAACAGCUGAUUCAGCAGUUCCAGUAUCACCAAAGCAUAAAAUAUCGGCAUACGUCUACGCAAAACCAUUUUCUUCGAAUAUUGUUGAUGCUUCUGUUGCAAACGCUUUGAUGUGUGCUUUCCCACAACGGUUACAGUUUGACACACCUCAGCUUCUAUUUUGUUUAAGCGAUGAUGGUGUUAGCUUUACUAAUUUCUGGGCAAAGAUUGAGGAAGCCGAACAAACUUUAAUUGUCAUUGAAACAACUACUAGCGAUGUAUUUGGUGCUUUCUGUAGUGUGCCAUGGACUGAAAGAAAAGAUCGCCGUACAAAAACCAGAUAUUUUGGUACUGGUGAGUCGUUUGUGUGGAGACUGGACCGCGCUUCAGAAAUGCCGGUUGUUUAUAACUGGGUAGGACAGUCUAGUGAACAACCUGAUCAAUGUCCUCAAUACUUUUUCACUGCAGAUGAUAAAACUCUUAUUAUUGGAGGUGGAGGUGGAGAUGCAAUUUCUAUUCGUGGAGAGCUGUCUAAAGGUUUAACAUCUUACUGCUCUACAUUCAAUAAUCCACCGCUUACAGACGACCAGGAUUUUACGAUAAGUGAAUUAGAAGUUUUCAGUGUACAAAGUUGUCCAACUUGA